UUUUUUUUUUUUCCUGAAUAUCAAGAAAACUGUUAUUAUUUUAUGGAUACAUUUUUAACUGAAUAUGAUAAAAAUCUAGAAGAACUAGAACGACAAAGAGAAAAGCUUAAAAUAGUGAUUCAAAAAAUGGGGCAAGAAUGGGAGGAGAGUGGUCCUGGUAUAAGUUGGCUAGGGCAAGUAGAACUUCCAGAUGCUGAAGUAGAUUCUUCGGAAUUAACUGUUUUGGAUGACACUAUUAAAUCCUCUUUGACAAUAAAUGCGAAUCAGCAAGCAUUAUUAUUAACUCAGCAGCAGCAGCAGCAGCAGCAGCAACAACAACAACAACAACGGAUAACAUCAGCAAAUACUCUAGUUCCUUCGCCAGAAUAUCUUCAAAAUUUAUUAAACGUAAAUGAAGCUCUGCUGGCACAGAGUAUUGCUAGUAGUGAUGCAAUUACGCCAAUAGAUACAAAUGCAAAAAUAAAUUAUAAUAAUAAUAAUAUUAUUUUUUCGAUAACUGAUAAUGAUGACGAUGAUAUACCCCCUUAAAUAUAUUAACCUUUCUUCUCUUUUACUUUGACAUUCUUA